AUGAGUGGUUCUUCUUCUUCUUCUUCUUCAAGCUAUUCCACAUCCACACACCUGAUAGAUGGAGAAGGAAAGUUCAAUAGGUCGGGGCUAGAGAGCUUGACAGAGAAUGCUAAAUUAUAUCAAUCUGUCAAAUCCUACAAAGUUAUCUCGAUCAUGGGCCCUCAAAGCAGCGGGAAGAGCACGCUGUUGAAUCACAUGUUCCAUACAAAUUUCGUUGAGAUGGAUGCAACCAAAGACAGGUCUCAAACAACGUUGGGUAUUUGGUUAGAAAAAUGUGUCAAUGUUGAACCAUGUACUCUUGUCAUGGACUUAAAGGGUAACGAUGGAACAGAGAGUAGUCAUAUUGAUACAUUCUUCGAGAAACAAAUCGCACUCUUUGCGCUUGCAGUUUCAGACGUAGUCCUCGUAAACAUGUGGUGUGAAGAUGUUGAACGGAAAAAUACGACAAAUAAAUCCUUAUUAAGAACUGUUUUUCAGGUCAUGAUGCGCUUCUUCAAGCCUCGUCAAACCACUCUUUUGUUUGUACUGCGAGAUAAAACAAAGACGCCUUUUACAAAGUUGGAAGAAAUCCUAAAGAAAGACACUCUUGAGAUAUGGAAUUCAAUUCUUAAACCGCAAUCUCUCGAGGAAACACCCUUCAGCAAAUUCUUCAAUAUUAGUGUUGUGUCACUUUCUAGUUACAAAGAAGAAAAUGAAGCAUAUCUUAAAGAGGUAAGUGAGCUAAAGGAAAAACUAACGAGUGGGGAAAUGUCAAGUGAUGAGAGCCUUGGAUUUUCAAUCAGCACCUUCGAACAAAUUUGGAAGACUAUCAGAGACAAUAAGGACCUUAACAUUCCACCUCCAACAGAAUGGUGUGAAUUAAGUGAUGCAAAUAGAACUACUAAUUCAGUGCCAGGUUUCGGCAACAAGGUUAGCUCACUCAUUGAUGCUUGUCUAUCACAAUACGACGAAGAUGCUCAACUUUACGAAGAUGAUAUAAGAAAAGAGCGACGGAAGAUGCUCGUGGACAACUUAAUGCUAAGUAUAAAACCAGCCUAUUAUUCUUCUUUACAAGUUAUAAUUACGGGAAAGGUAAAGGAAUUCAAAGAUGCAUUUGAUAAUGAUUUGAAAUGCGGGAAAAGUUUUUGCGAUGCAGUUGAUAAUUGUAUUGACCGAUAUUCGAGUCUAUUGGACAAAGCAUUUGAAGAUAUUAGUAUCCCAGAAGGUAAUUUGGAUUCUUCGCUAGAGAAGAAGAAGUUUAUGAAUGAAGUAUAUGCAAUUGUUGGGCAAGCCCGAGGAGGAAAAAUGAAUGAUCUGAUUCACGAAUUAUACAAGGAAAAGUUAAGGGAUGCAACAAGGGAACCAUUGGAGGCCAUUCUAGGAUACCCGUGGUCUCAAACGUGGCCAAAUAUAAGAGAACUCCUCGCCACGCAGUCUAAGGAGAUUGCCGACGAUUACUACCAGGCCAUGUCCCGAUAUGGUGCAGAGCAGGAGACUUCCCUUGACGACAUACAAACGCAAUUUCAGGGCUACUUAAGACAAAUUAUCGUUGCAAAAGCAAAGACGGAGGCUCCUAAAGUGACAAAUCUUAUGCAAGACAGGUUCAUCACAAUGUUUCUCCAAGAUCCCGAUUCUAUGCCACGCUCAUGGGAUGCAGAUAACAUUGACAUCAACAAAAUCAUUAGGAUUGCCAAGACUCAAAGCUUAAAGAUGCUAGCGGUCAUGGCUGCAAUCCGCUUAGAAUCUGAAAACGGUGAUCAAAUCGAGGAUACACUAAGCAUGGCUUUUUUGGGAGACGAAGAUGAUCAUGAACAUCCAUCUUACGGUGCAUUGGCUAGUACCACUUGGAACGGGAUAUCAAAAGAAGACACACUGCUGAGUCCAAUCAAAUGUGCAUCCAUGUGGAAGCACUUCUUGACAAAGAUAAACCAAAUCACCGGUCUAGCCAAGACAACUGUAAAAAAGGCUAAGAGAGAAGCACAAGUCAACGACGCUCUGCCAUCAUCACAGAUUAGCAUCGUAGCUGCAACAGGUGCUGAUGCAAACGCUGUUAAUCAGAUAAAUGUUCAAGAAGCUGGAAAAUGUGACAAGGCAGUAGCCAAAAUGGAAAAGAAAAAGAACAAUACAAAUAGGAAAACUCAAGAUGAAGAAACACAAUAA